AUGAUCGCUAAAUAUCCCAUCAUUCUUCUCGCCUGCGUUGCGAGUGUCCUUGCCGCACCCUCCACCGGGGCUGGUCAGGUUGCCCGCGAUCAGACGCCGGCUGGUGCGGACAACAUUCUAGACGAGCGCAACGCGGCGAACGACUGUAGGCGCGAAGGCGACCAUUGCAAGUUCAACUUCGAAUGUUGCUCCCGCCACUGUGGGUAUACGUCUGGCUUUAAGUGUACCCGAUAA